AUGUCUUCUAUCCGCGAACGCCAGGCAGAGCAGACUUCUCUGUUAGGCCGCUCUCGCGCCGAGCGUCUGCUCGAUGGCAUUUACCAAAGACAGAAGAAAUAUCUUCUGCAACAACGACGCCGAGCUGCAGCGGAGGCUGCCUCUCGCAUCGUGCUUCCCGACGAAAAACGGCGCCGGUUGGUUCUGCCGGAAACCCCUUCUCCCUCGACCGAUGCAGCUUCUGCCCAGAAGGGAAAGGCGAAGCUGAGGGCGCGCGCGUCUCAACACGACGCAGCCACUCCGUCGGCAUCCGGGCCAAAGAGUGUGGAAGAUGCCGUCGCCACGCUUCAGCGCCACAUGUGGAAGCGCGCCAAGUUCCCCAAGGCCGUUAAACUCCUCCAGCAGCUCUGGCAGUCGCACUUUUCUUCGUCGACGAAACGCUGCUUGUUUGCAGGGUUCCUGACGGCUGCGUCGACCGAGACCUGCGUGAACGCGUCCGAAGGCAGGACAGAAAUCCAGACCUUCUUCCGGGAAACCAUCGAGCCUCUGCUCCAGAGCGAGCGGCGGAAACGCCAAGACCUGGCGCUUCAUCUGGAUCGCGUUCGCGCCGCGAGAACCAAGGCUCGGCAAGCAGUGCUGCAGGCGCAGCUCGCGACUGUGGUCAUGCCGCGAGACAGCGCAGGCGGCAAACGGCACCACAACGGAAGCAGAGAAGACAGGGAUUCGGGGAAACAGGCGACGGUGGCUGCCGUUGCCCAGGCGGCGGCGGCGCUCGUGGUCGGGCUGGAGGACGCCAAGCGGCGGCUCGAGGGACAGAAGGCCCAGGCACCUGGCGGGGACCCGCGAGACGGUGUGGGGUCUACGCAGGGCGACCGAGGGGACGCCGUCAAGGCGGAAGCUCAAGACGAGGUGGAGUUGUCGGAUGAAGAGAAAGAACUCCUCGAAAUCCUGCAGCUCAGAUGCAAAACUCAUCUUCUCCUCUUCACCGAUGACCCCUUCCAGUUCAACCAGCAAGUUGCAGAACUUCGGCGGACAGUCGACGCCAUCGCGGAAUCUGUUGAGGCGGCAGCGGCGGAAGGAGAAGAACCAGAGGAAGACGAGGAGGGAACGGACGACCCGGCUCCCGAAGCUGGCAGGCAGAACUCCCCGGUAGGCGCUGACUCCGCGCCCCUCCCAGGAGGCCCCGGAGCGAAGUUUGUGGAAGCGAGCGCAUCUUUGCCAGGAGAUUCGACCGUUUCCUCGUCGCCUGUCUCUCCGGCGAAGGCCACCGAUAGCUCCCACUCUGGUCUGAGGGAAGAAGAAGAGAGACGGGGUAAGGAAGCAUGCCAGGCACUCGCGUCUGGGGCGACAGGCAGCCAUACAGAAGUCUCCUCGCCGAAAAGUUCUGCGACACCAGGACAGGCACGGGAAACAGGAGACGACCAACCAGACAAUCGUGCUGAGCAACAGCGGAUGCCUGCCUCCAGUUCCGAACAAGAGGAAGAGAAGGGAGAGAACGAAAUGCCUACUCCGAGCGACCCAGAAACCCCAGAUUGUGCGGGCGAGGACCCGGACAGCGAAGACCUCGAUGAGGAAAUGUUUGAGUCGCCGGAGGUCAAAUGGCCUCUACCACUCAAGAAAUCCGAGCUGCUGAAUCUGAUGAGAUGCUUCUUCAUCGACUGUCUUGCGACCGUCUUCACCUACCGAAACCUUUCGUGGGCGCGCGCAUCCAUCGAGCAGCUCUUCCAGCACGUCUAUCUCCACCGGUCGAUAUUUACUGAGAGCGAUCAGGGACAGAUUAGCCUCUGGCAAGCGCAGCUCAAGGUGGCCCACAAAACCGCGACCAAUAUCACGGCGCUGGGCAUUGGCGAAGCAGCACAUCCUGUUCAAGACGGACGCGACGAGAGAAUCUCAACUGUCCACGGCUCUAUCGUUUGGAGUGCGAAGCAGAUGGGGUGCUAA